AUGUCAAACUCGGGAAAGAGCUGCUGCAACGAUGGAACUGAACUUCCAGACGAGCCGCGGACAAUGAAGAGUCGAGUACUCGAGACUGGAGCCUCAAUGAUCCAAGACUUCACGCCCGUAAAGCAAAUCUGCGCACAUCUCAAUGCAUUCCACUUUUACGCCAACGAUCCAACUCGAUGUCUGGAAGCCGAUCACUAUUGCACUCACUUAACAGAGGAUAUCCGCCAAUGCCUGAUCUACGACUCAUCCAAGGCAAACGCCCGCCUCAUCGGCGUGGAAUACAUGAUCUCGCCGCGGAUUUUCGUGACUCUUCCCACCGAAGAGCGUAAGCUCUGGCACACGCACGAGUUCGAGGUCAAAAGCGGCAUGCUGGUCAUGCCAGCACCAGCUGGUGUGCCCGACGCUAUCUGGGAAGCUGCCGAGACGGCAGAGAUGCAAGACGUUGCGCCUGUCUAUGGCAAGACGUAUCAUUUCUGGCAGGUUGAUCGUGGAGAUCCUGUGCCUCUAGGCGAGCCGCAGUUGAUGGGCAGCUUUGUAUCGAAUGAGAGCGUGAAGUUGGCACAUCCUGCGGGGUUGGAUUCGUUGUUGGAGGACCGGGACAAGAGGUAUGGCGUGGAUCAUCAGCAGAAGGCGAAGAAGAGGGAGGGCAUUGAGCCGGUCCAGAAGCAUCCCGCUCCCGACCGCGGAAUAGUUGAUGCAGCUCGAUCUGAGCAAUCCCAUGCUUCCAAUUCACCACACAUGGAGCAGUUAGUCCGGUCUGUAAUAAAGGCUGCCAAUCUGCGCACCAUUGGCAGGCUUGCGCUCAAUGGCACCAGCACGUUUUGCGCCUGUGCGCUGAUCUGGGAGCACCUGAUAACUGUCCAGCUCAGCGAGGGCCCAUCGAUGUACCCUACCUUCGACGUGCGAGGCGAUUGGCUCAUGAUAUCGCGCCUCCACCGCAAUGGCAAAGGAAUCGAGGUCGGAGAUGUCGUGCGAUAUGGUCACCCGAACUUUCAAGGCGUGCAUGUGGCCAAGCGGGUAGUGGGCAUGCCUGGGGAUUUUGUCUGUCAAGAUAAGCCGCUUAGCACGAGUAUUGGCAAGGAUGGAAAUAUGAUCCAGGUUCCCGAAGGUCAUGUCUUUUUGGCCGGCGAUAAUCUGCCCUGGUCUAGGGAUUCGAGGAAUUAUGGCCCAGUGCCCAUGGGUCUCAUUAAUGGGAAGAUAAUUGCAAGGGUAUGGCCUCCGUCGAAGAUGGGAUGGGUGACCAAUCCGUUGCAACCGGCGCAACUGGAUUCCCAGAACAUCUAA